AUGGCGUCGUUCAUGAAAAUGUUCAAAAACAAAAAGGGAUCUAAUAAGGAGAAUCUUCCUAGUAUGAAUCGCAGUACUUUGGAAAGAUCCUCAACGACAAGUACAGACUUUGCAACGAAUCGAAGUGAUGCGGGUGUAUAUGCGGGGGAAGCAAGAAGAUCUCGAGAGAUGCACAUACCUAACCCUUACUCCGUAGUAACGGCUCCGAAAACCAACAGAGGACCUCGAUCUUGUCCCGGUGCUCCUAUGGAAGAUCGCAGCUAUCGUGUCGCUUCUCAUCGGGGGAAACCUCUGAACGAUCGCUAUUCUUCGAUAAAUACUUCUCUGCGCUAUGAAAACGUUGGAAGGAAACGAACUGAUGUCUAUCAGCAUGAAACUAUCUUGGAAUAUAGUAGCGAAAGUGCAAAUUCUAGUCGAGGCAGUCCACCUGAUAUUCACCCCAGAAAAGAUACAAGUUCACACAUGCAGCCGAGGCGCACACAGAAUCAGCGCUACUACGGUAGUACUCUGAACGAGUCAACGGAUGAUGAUGAGGGUGCAAACAUGCAUAUUAUUCAAUUAGAAGCAAAGCUGAAAAGAGCCAAGGAGCUCAUUCGGUCCACAAGAAGAGAUAUGUCUGAGAGAAUAGAAGAGCUUCAGGACGAAAUCGAACGAAAAAGUCGCGAUUACGACACUCUUAAGUGGCACUACAAGCAAGCCAGAAAAGCAAUAGAGGACGAGCGAAAAAUCAACGCGCGGCAAACGAAAAAGCUUCAUCAGGCACUCGAAGAAGUGGCUCGUUUGAAAACGAUGCUGGCCGAACAUUCGAACGACAGCUCAUUUCUGAUCCCUUAUUGUGGUGGCCUUCCACCUAUGGGAUAUGAUUCUGGUGCUGGUGAGGCCCUGUGUUCCUUGGCAGAAGCCCAGGUUGAUGGUGUCAACGAUCGACUUUGCUCGUUGAACGAAGCCCAUGGCGGUAGUGUAAGCGACGGGCUAUCCUCUCAAACUGAGCAUACAACUACUCGUGAAAGUACAGCUGAACCUACGUUGAAGCUGGAAAAUAAUGACGACAUGCAGGAUGAGGUUCGUGUUUUUCGAACAGCUGAGUGUGAUACCCCACCUCCGGAAAGACCCAGAGCUGCUGUUAGCCCGAUAGAGCCAUUGUCCUCCUACGUUCCUCUUCCAGAUUUUACCAUCAACAACGAGCUCGUUCCACAAAGAUCUCUUUCCGACACGGAUAUUCGUGCAUUAGUACUUCAAGAAAAUGAAAAGGAUGAGUUGAGAAAGCUGAAGGAUUUACCUGUUGAAAAGCUGUUGUGCUCACGAAACAAACCAAUCCGGAAGGACUAUGAUUACUACGUAAGGGGUUACAACGAGAAAAUGGAUAACGACGGCUCGAUUAGCACUUCAGACGAGGAGACAUGUCGUAUAAUAGAAAAACAAUUAAAGAAGAAAGGCGAAGUUGUCCGAUUUCAACCGCCAAGAGUAGCAGUUCAGCCGAGGCAUUAUAAGAGAUUUGGUAAAAUGGAGCGGUGCGCAUUAGCGGAAUUCGAUUAUCUCCAGGAUAUAUCAACCGAUGUUAGCGCGUUACAUGGAUCAGAUUAUCAAGGUAUGGAAGUUGAUGAGACGUUAGUGAAUGGUCAUGCGGGUACAAGUAGCGUCAAGAAGGAGAAAAUGGAGGACGAAGACUGGGAUCCGGACGAAGGGAUGAGUGACUUUUAUCGGCAUCACCCGUGUGCAAGAAAUGAGCCCUAUCCAUCUACGAGUCGAGAGCCUAUCAAAGAAGAAGAUGAUUUCAAUCCGAACGACUAUGUUUUAGUAAACACAUCGAAGAGUCCCAAAACACCCUUCAUACCUCCAUCCAAAAGGGAUGAUGCACCGCUUGCGUCUAUAUUAAAUCCUCAAUUGGACAACAUCGACCCAAGGAGGUUUUUUGCUGACUACGAACUUAACUCUGUUGUUCGGUUCUCCCGAAUAUUUGCUUCAAAUAUCAAAUCCUCCUCCAAAGCGGAGAUUUGGUGGCCGUCGAAAACUUUCCACAAGAAAGUAUCUGCAGAGAAACCAGCAAAGUCCGAGAAAAAGGGUUUGACGUUAGCAUUCGCUCCCGAUCCUCCAGUCGAAGCAUUAUGUCCAGAUGAAGAGGUGAUGCCUGCCUGUGAAAUUCUUUUUCCAUCGUGCCCUUGUAACUUUUGUAUUAAGGCUUUGAUGUUGUCGUCGAAAUCCAACGUAAAAUCAUCCCAAGCUAGCACUUCACGUGCAGAAGGACCAGCGGAGGAAACAAUGGCUCCAUGGCGUGCAGGCCCUGCGAAAAUAUGGUAUGAUCGUGCUGGGGUGCCAUCUACGGCGUCGACGUUUGACUAUGGACUUGUGAAGCGAAAAAGGGAAAACAUUGUCGACCGGGAACCAGAGGGAAAGCUGCUGCCAGCCGAGCUGAUAGAAUGGGAAGACGACAUUAUCAUAGAAGGCGAUGAUUUCCGUGAUGAGGUACUAGAUGAGCUCAAGUAUGGUGUAGAACCAGCUUGUGGUUGGGUUCCGACGCAAUAUACACGGACGUACGAGCAGUACAUGCUGGCAGUUAAAAAUGACGCCUUUGACUUGAUGUUUCAACCGAUCCAGAAGGGUAUUACGCCGUCUCCCAUAACAUUGGCACCACAUCCUGAUAUAAUCACGGAACCGAGUGCCUCUCAUUCUUUAUUUCCUCACGAUUUUGUCAGUCAGCAGGAGCAUAGAUGGGAAGAUAAUGUAAUUCUCGAUCCAAAGCAAGUGGAUAGGAUAACAGAACCAAAAGUACUCUCAUUGGACUAUCUUGAUGAUCCGUUAAUAUAUGGUAUGCCGGAUGAUCGAAGAUCUGAUGAUCCGAUGGACUCGACGCCGAACAAGCCAUUUGAUCGAAAGGAACAUCAGUUCACGAAGAAAUCUAAGAUGAUUCUCGGCCAAGUGCAGCAACGGCAAAAACAAGAAGAAGAGGAACAGAUGGAGACUUCUGUGGCUCAAAUGACAGACAAAGAUCCCUUUAAUCUCAGCAAUGAUGAUUAUUAUUUGCCUAAAGCUAUUAAUAAAUCUGGUCCUGCGGGUAACAGUAUGUUAAUACAACACUCUAUUCCUGCUCAAAAUAUUCAUAGAACCUUCUUUCCUACAUUUCUCAUUCCGUCAAAAUUGCGGCAUUUCCACAGACAACCAUUAUCAAAACGGGUUAUUCGUCAGUUCAACGGAAGAUGGGUGGAAAUCAAAAAACUCACUAAGCACAUUAAAAUCAAGGAAGAGCAAAGAGAGAAGCAACGUUGUGCUGAAGGUGGAGGUGAUAUAUUCUUCAUGCGAGACGUGGCAGACCUCAGUGGUCGUGAUGGUGACCUAGUCCUACUAGAAUAUUCUGAGGAGCAUCCACCAUUACUCUGCCAGCCGGGUAUGGCGUCCAAAAUCAAGAACUACUAUAAGAAGAAGCCCGGUAAAGACGUUGAUCCUGAUUUCGAGUUUGGUGAUAUGGCUUAUCUGCACACCGUUCCGUUUCUUGGUCAACUACAACCUGGGCAAGCGAUGCAGUCUAUUGAAAAUAACUUAUUCCGCGCUCCUAUUUACCGGCACUCACCUCAACAUACUGACUAUCUUCUCAUUCGAAAUCGUAAUGGGUGGUUCAUUAGACCGUGUCCGCCUCCUUUUCUGGUUGGGCAGCAAUGCCCUCUGUAUGAGGUGCCGAGUCCGAACUCUAAAAGAGCUACUAUAUUUGUUCGAGAUUUCCUCUUGGCAUUCAUCUACCGCCUUUUCUGGGCCAGUGAGCAUCGACCACGUCGAUUAAAAAUGGACGACAUCAAAGCUGCAUUCCCUCACUAUGCGGAGAGCAGCGUGCGAAAACGCUUGAAACAGUGCUCAGAUUUCAAGCGUUUAGGAACAGGACCGGACCAGAACUACUGGGUGCUACGGCCAGAGUUUCGUCUACCGAGCAAGGAAGAGGUUUUGGCUAUGGUUACCCCUGAAAUGUGCUGUGCUCAAUAUAGUAUGCUUGCUGCGGAGCAGAGGUUGAAGGAUGCGGGUUAUGGAGAGAAGUACUUCUUCACUCCAGAAAACGAAGACGAUUCCGAUGAUCAAGUGACAAUCGAAGACGAGAUAAAAUGCGCUCCAUGGAAUACUACCAGAGCUUUCCUUUCGUCAAUGCGAGGGAAGUGUCUUCUUGAUCAGACAGGAAUAGCUGAUCCCACAGGAUGUGGACAAGGAUUCAGUUAUGUGCGAGUAUCUCAAAAACCUCAGAAGGAUGAUACUCCUGCGAUGCCAAAACGCCUUGUUACGGGUACAAAUGCAGAUCUCAGGAAAUUGCCUCUCAAGGAAGCAAAGGAGAUUUGUCGAGACUAUGGCGUGCGGGAAGAGGAGAUAAACGCCCUUUCCCGAUGGGAAAUCAUAGAUGUCAUUCGAACAUUGUCGACUCAGGCUGCAAAGGCGAAAGCCGAUUCGUCGGGAGAUCAUGGGAAUGUCUCUGGUAUGGCCCGAUUUGCUCGAGGGAACAUUCGCUUCAACUUUGCUGAUAUGCAGGAGAAGUACAAAAAGCACUGUCAGCACAUCUUCGACCUACAGAAUCAAACGCUAGCAAACCCGGAAGCGUUAUCGACUGACGAGGGAAGUUCCGGCGAAGACUCCGAUAAUGAGGAGUUGGCAACAAGACUUGAAACUAUGCUACAAGCGAAUAAAGGCAAGCUGUUUCUUUUAAGUAAGAAACACAUUUCAAUGUCGGAACGAGCUCGUAUGGAGUUCGAGAAUGAGGAAAAAGAACGCCAAGAUCUCAAACGAAUGGUGCACGGUGAUGCAACGAAUAAAACUGAGAAGGACAAAAAGGAGGCAACUGCGGAGGAGAAGAAAAAUGUGUCGAAAAUCGGUGAAGAUUUGGCAGCUUCGGCUUCAAAGAUUUCUGGUAUCACGGCGAAUCAAAAGCUGAAAAUCUACCGAACAAUGAAGAAUCCGGAUGGGACGGAAUCGACGCGAGUGGAAGUAGUUACCCGGCCACAGCUGAUCGAAGCCUACACCAGAAUUCGAAUGACAAAAGACGAGAAUUUCAUUGAGGUGUACGCUCAAAUGGAUGAACAGUUCAAGGAGGAACGACGAAAGCAGAAGCGUCGUCUUCAAGAUCAGUUACGGCGAAUCCGGAGGAACGAGGAAAAGGGAAAGACUGGACAUACGCAGCAGCGAGUUAUCGAGAAGAAACCAAUUCCGAUCAAACCGAAUUUACAAAAAAUGCGCUGCUCAGCUUGUCAUGGUACUGGCCACAUGAAGACAAACAAAAACUGUCCGUUGUAUGGCAAGGAUCCGUUGAAGACACCUGGAAAAGAAACGGCGACGCGAGUGGAAGUAGUUACCCGGCCACAGCUGAUCGAAGCCUACACCAGAAUUCGAAUGACAAAAGACGAGAAUUUCAUUGAGGUGUACGCUCAAAUGGAUGAACAGUUCAAGGAGGAACGACGAAAGCAGAAGCGUCGUCUUCAAGAUCAGUUACGGCGAAUCCGGAGGAACGAGGAAAAGGGAAAGACUGGACAUACGCAGCAGCGAGUUAUCGAGAAGAAACCAAUUCCGAUCAAACCGAAUUUACAAAAAAUGCGCUGCUCAGCUUGUCAUGGUACUGGCCACAUGAAGACAAAUAAAAACUGUCCGUUGUAUGGCAAGGAUCCGUUGAAGACACCUGGAAAAGAAACGGCGUCCGGAUCGUCAGACGGUGAAGACGAGCCAGCUUCGCUUACUGGUGAAUUGGUGGCGGUGGAGGGUACGAAAGUGAAAAUCAGUCGAAAGGUCAUCAAUAGCCACGAACAGCCUUCAAAAAGAAGAAAUUCAAGUGAAUUCCGUUCCCGUUUGCCUCGAUUUACCGUUUCAUCUCGGAAUUCUAACUUUUUUGAAUACAGGUCUUCUUUACCGCGACAUCUGGGCGAAGAGGGAUCAGGCAGAAAACGUGGCGAGGAUUCUAUAUGUUCUUCGGAUGCCGGCGAUGGCACAUCGCCGCCGAUGCUGGUGAAGCAGGAGCAUGAGCAAGAGUUCGAUAGUGACUACGAGCAAUCAAUGACGCCAACGGCCAUAACGCCUCGUCCACGCCUUAAUGCUGGGGCUGGGGUGGCCUCAGCAAAACGUCGAGCAUCGACUUUGCCUGAAGAGGAUUAUCUGCAAGGACCUCAUAAAAGUGUUCAGCGAAUACGUGCAGAUCCUAAGGUCACAAUGGGCACGUUACUCACGGAGAUUGUGAACGAGCUGAAGAAGAUUUCUGGUUCUGAACAUCUGAUGUUUGCCGUGAAUGCUAAGAAGGUGAAAGACUAUUACGAUAUCAUCAAAAAUCCCAUGGAUCUGCAGAAGAUCAAAAGCAAAAUUGCGGAUAAUAAGUACGAGCUAAGGCAGGAGUUUUUGUUGGACGUUAAGCGCAUGCUUGAUAAUUCUCGUUUAUAUAAUGGAGACAAUCAUGUGAUAACGCUUGCUGCCAGGAAGAUGUUCGAGCUUGCUUCGAAGCGAUUGGUGGAGAAAGAACAGCAACUGAUGAAGCUGGAAAAGGCGAUCAAUCCUUUGUUAGAUGAUAAUGACAGAGUCGGAUUUGGUUUCGUUCUUGAGAAAAUCGUACAGGCUUGCAAGAACAUCCCAAAAUCGGUUCCGUUCCAUACGCGAGUGGAUGCAAAGAAGGUUCCACUCUAUUACCAGAAAAUUAGCCGCCCAAUGGAUUUGGGCACUAUAGAAGCAAAUGUCAAAGCAUACAAAUAUGUUACUGUGCAAGAAUUCCGUGAGGAUAUUCACCAGAUUCUGAUUAAUUCCGAGUUAUAUAACGGCCCUGCUGAGAAGUCAUCAUACACGGCUAAGGCCACAGAAAUUGUUAUGCUCGCGGAUAAGAUGCUAGCAGAUCAUGCUGUUCAGUUGUCAGAACUUGAAGCCAAUAUUAACGGGUUUGAUUUGAACAUAGGCGAAGUUGAACCGGAAAUUGAGGAUGCAAUGGCCAACGAUGAAGAGAUGUCGGAAGUCGAAGAGGGUGGUGUUCUGGUUGAUGAUCUUGCAUUGAGUGGUAACGAGAUGGAAGACGAAGAGAUGGACGAGUCGGCAUGGACAAGUGAGCUUCUGCAGUCCCGAAUGCACUCGUCCGGUCAGCUUAAUAAUGACCUGGCUCUGUCGGAUUCCGAUGACGAGGAACGAAUGGAGGCAAUCAAGCGCGGUGACACUUCUGAUAACCUCUUGGACUCUUUUUAA